CUGCAGAAGCAAGCAUGUCUGGCUCGGACUAUUCUCAGCUCUCUGUCUUCAGUCUCAAUUGCUGGGGCUUGAAAUAUGUCUCGAAAGACCGGUCUGACCGUAUAUUCGCCAUCACCAACUUUCUCUCACAGGCUCAAUACGACAUUGUCGCCUUACAAGAGCUAUGGGUGUACUCGGAUUAUGAGCUCGUCCGUACAAGCGUUUCAAAACGGCUGCCACACUCCAAAUUCUUCUACAGUGGUGCCUUGGGCGCUGGGCUGGCAAUCUUCACUCGUUUCCCUAUUAUCGCGGCUACGAUACACCCGUAUUCUCUGAAUGGCUCUCCCAUAGAUGUUGCCGGAGGCGACUGGUUUGUGGGCAAAGCUGCUGCCAGUGUACUCAUCUCGCACCCGAUACUCGGCCAAGUCCAGAUCUUCAACACGCAUCUUUUUGCCAAAGGCGGCGAGGGAGGCCCUGAACAUCACAGAGCACAUCGACUGGUGAAUGCAUGGGAGUUCGCCAAACUCGCCAAACAGUCUGCAGAGCUCGGGCGAUACGUUAUAGCGCUGGGAGACUUUAACAGCAUACCCACAACACUACCAAUGACAGUCAUACGUGACCAUGCCGCUCUCCGGGACGCGUGGACCGAAACACACCCUUCGCCCCCUUCCUCGUCUUCUAUGCUUUCCCCGUUCGACUGUAUUCAAGCCUUCGGUGUCACCGCCGACUCGCCAAUAAAUUCUUAUUCUGCAGGAAAACCAUUGGAUGCCUUCGCUCUCGCCGGUCAAGGCAAACGUCUCGACUACGUCUUCUACCGCGAUCCUCAUGUCCCACCAACAGGCGGGUCAAAAUCACUCCCACAGCUCAAAUGCAGCAACACGCGUGUCAUGCUGACUGAGAACGUACCCGGUCGUUCGUUCUCCUACUCCGACCACUUUGGUCUGGAAGCCCGUUUCGAGAUACGACAUCCCGAGGCUCAGGAUCACACCCUACCUUCCAAUCCUUCGCCGUACACCUCGGACCUUCCCAGCGUAACCUCUGUGGCAGCAACCUCCACCCCUGGGCCACCUUCCACGCAUCUUUCGUCCGAUUCCGCCACGACUGUCCUACAAGCAUUGACGACGUGCUACCGCCACGCACGUGUGCGGUCGCAACAGGAGUUGACAGUGUUCGUGCUGUGCGUCGUUUUACUCGUGGGACUGAUAAUUGGUUCUGCGUGGUUGCCACAUGCUGCUUACGCCCCAGUGUUCGUGUUUUUGGCGGGGCUUGCUACUUGGUUGGGGACGACAAUGCUUUAUGUUGGAUUUGUGUAUGGGAAAUGGGAGAUUAAUGCAUUGAUGAACGUGAUUGAAGAGUUGGAGCUCUACAGGAAGGGGAUGAAUGGGGGACUCGCCGGACAGUCAUGAACUUCUAAUAUCUUGCCUUAUUGGGAUUCUCU